CGCGGCCGGAAGUGGGCGCCGAGGAGCCCCGCGGCCUCCCUGCCUGCCCCCGCCGCCAUGAGCUGCACCAUCGACAAGAUCCUGACGGACGCCAAGACGCUGCUGGAGCGGCUCCGGGAGCACGACGCCGCCGCGGAGUCGCUGGUGGACCAGUCGGCCGCUCUGCACCGCAGGGUGUCGGCGAUGAGGGAGGCGGGGGCCGCCAUCCCCGAACAGUAUCAAGAGGAUGCGGCCGACUUGAAGGAUGUAGCGAAAUACAAACCUCACAUCUUGCUAUCCCAAGAGAACACGCAGAUCAGAGAUUUGCAACAAGAAAACAGAGAAUUGUGGGUUUCCCUGGAGGAACACCAGGAUGCUUUGGAACUCAUCAUGAGCAAGUACAGGAAACAGAUGCUGCAGUUAAUGAUAGCUAAAAAGGCAGUGGAUGCCGAACCUGUCUUGAAAGCUCACCAGUCUCAUUCUGCGGAAAUAGAGAGUCAGAUUGACCGAAUCUAUGAAAUGGGAGAAGUGAUGAGGAAAGCGGUUCAGGUGGAUGACCAUCAGUUUUGUAAGAUUCAGGAGAAACUCGCCCAGUUAGAGCUUGAAAAUAAAGAGCUCCGGGAAUUAUUAUCUAUCAGUAAGGAAUCUCUCCAGAUGAAAAAGGAAGAGUCAAUGGACAGUGCUUCCCAAGACACCAAAUAAUGCUCAGCUAGCUGGAAGCUACCCUUGUAAGGGAGAGAAUUAUUCAUUGUCUACGCGUUACCUGUUCUGUGUCUUUUUCCUCCCUCAGGCAUGGCUUGAGGUCCCAGCUAGUGAUCAGUGUGGCACUUUCGUAUCGUCACUUGGUUUGAAUCACAUGCACCGGUUUUCUGGGAUGUUAGCAAUGGAGCAGAUUUCCACACAGCCGCUUCCACUCCUUUUUGGAGACGUUUCCUGCAUCCAUCUUUAUUUUGGGGGUGUCUCUAUCCAAAGUGUGUUUGUAAUUUAUUACCCUAACUUUCAGAAAUCUGUAGUACGUUGCUUUGUGAACCACCAUUAUACCCCCUGGAUAACAGAAAUGUGACUUGAAACAAAGAACUUUAUUUGCUGGGUGAGAAGACCAAGUUUAGUCAAAAUAACAACUUUCAGUAGACACAUAUGAGCAGCUGAUCUUCUUGGUACCUUAAAAGAGUCUAUCUUAUUCCGAUCAUGUAAUGUUUCAUAAUUUUCUGGUGGAACCAACUGGGAUGUUAUGACCCGGUGGAAUAGAAAAGUUUAGAGUUGCAAACGUUAAUAAUCCAGAACAGGAGUCCCUGAACUUCCUUCUUCUCCAGCCAGGCUGCAAUACCUGACUGACAAGACCAGACCGUGUAAAUGUCUGUCAUCAACAGUCCAAAGAGGGGCUUAGAAAGAGUGGAGCAGUUCUACUCUUCAAAGAGUUUUCCCCUGGUCCCCCUUGGGGGCCGAUUUUGGCUUCCUGGUGACACCUGCUCCCCUCCCCCAAACCCCAGCCUCUGCAUGUGGCAGACCGAUGGAGCCAUAUCAAAGGCCAGAGUUUGGGGGGGUCUCUGGUAAGAUAGAGCUUUAACGGUUACAAUCCUGCUUGAAAAUGUCAUAUUUCUUUUACUGUGUUGAAUAGCAGCCUAUAGGAAGUUUUCUUUUCCACCGAAAAUGUAAACUCUAUUUUUAUCGACAUAUGUUUAACUCAGGGCUAAUAGCCUAAAGGGUACGUUCGUUGUAAUUACCUCCUCGUUUCUCAAAAAGUAAAAAUGUAUUUAACAUUACAGGUAUAGGACAUAUCCACCCCACUGUCAGUUGCAAGAAGGAUCGUACUAUCCCUGCUUUACCCAUUUUGCCCCUGAUACUCUAUUAGGAUCAGUUAUUGAGAAGAGAUUUCUAGAUGAGGAAAAAUUUUUGAGUUACCACUCUUCUUAAUGCACUACUUUAUGCAUUUAAUUAUAGCAUUGCCUCUGAGCCACCAGGCUUUCAGACCAUUUUCUUGGGCUGCUUAAAGCCUUUAUUUUGAAAAACCAAAUUGAAUUUUUGCAAGAUCCUAAAAGUAUCUGCUUUGUCCCCAUUACUUAACUCUUCCCUCCACUCCCCCUGAGGGCUCACCUCUCCUUGACAAUUUUCACACAGACUUGGGGUUGAGGCAGAAGGAAGCGGAGCUUUCCAAGCACUCAAUUAAACAUCAUACUCUGCAGGAGUUAUAUAUUAUCUGAAUGAAAGAGCUUAUUAUCGUAAAUUGUAAAUGUAAUGGUUGUGUGCGUGCGUGCAUGCGUGUGUGUGUGUGUGUGUUGUGCAUUUCACAAAGGAUUUGAUUCCGUUUACCUCCAGCUCCAAGAGCGAAAUCUCACCCUCCGGAAAUCACACUAAAUAAAGCUUGAACUUCCAAUUCCCAGCGAUACCAGUUUAUCUUCUCCUUUAGGAGAAAUGAAGCCAGAUAAUCUUAUCCCAUCUCCAGUUUGAGUACUGCCCAUACCAGCCAAGAUGCAAUAAGCUGGAGUAUGCCGUUGGAUUUGAGUUUACCUGCAGCGCUCUGAAACGUGUUCAUCCUCAUUCGCAGAAACUAAUUGAACUGUCUGUCCAGUUUUAUGCCUUAACUAUGCCAUUGUGCCCAUCUGGAGUCACGUGAACCCUCCAUUGAGCCAGUAUCUGUGCUUCAUAUGCAAUGGAGAUGGUACUGUAAGUUAAACAGUUUACUAAGGUAUAACGUAGUGUCUCUGCUACUGCUGUGGUUCAUUCAGUCAUCUGUCUGUUAUUCUGUUGGAACCAACUAAAGCAGCUCUACAUCUCAGGUUUCAGAAAACUGUACAUUGGUUUAUUUUUUUUUCUGGAAAAUAAAAGAAUGGUUUGAAAUAUG